AUGGACGCCGCGGAUCCGUCUCCUCUGCGGCAUUUCGUCGUGGCGAAGCAUUCAAUCACCUCCAUCUUUGAUCAGCUGCUGGAGUUUGUGAAGGAUGGCUCCGCCUUUGUGGACGAGGCGUGGCGGGGCGAUGACCUGGCUCAGGUGGCUGUGGAGGAGCAGAGUCUGGAGAUGCAGAGCUGUGCCACCAAGCUGUCGACCAUCCGAGAGGUUCUGCUCAGGAGACACAUGAAGGUGGCGUUCUUUGGCCGGACCAGCAACGGGAAGAGCACCGUGAUCAACGCCAUGCUGAGAGACCGGGUGUUACCCAGCGGCAUCGGUCACACCACCAACUGCUUCCUGCGAGUGGAAGGAACCGACGGAGACGAGGCGUUCCUCACCACCGAGGCAUCCAAUGAGAGGAGGAGCGUCAGCACGGUGAACCAGCUGGCUCAUGCUCUCCACAUGGAUCCAACUCUGGACUCUGGCAGUCUGGUUAAAGUCUUCUGGCCUAAGAGUCGCUGCGCUCUGCUAAGAGACGACCUGGUGCUCAUGGACAGCCCCGGCACUGAUGUCACUCAGGAGUUGGACAGCUGGAUCGAUAAGUUCUGUCUGGACGCCGAUGUCUUCGUUCUGGUGGGGAACGCCGAGUCCACGCUCAUGAACACGGAGAAACUUUUCUUCCAUAAAGUCAGCGAGAGAAUCUCUAAACCGAAUAUCUUCAUCCUCCACAACCGAUGGGACGCUUCAGUGAGCGAACCUGAGUACAUCGAGGAGGUGAGGAAGCAGCACCUGGACCGCUGUGUGAGCUUCCUGGCCGAGGAGCUGAACGUGGUUGGUCUAGACGAGGCUCCGGGGAGGAUCUUCUUCGUCUCGGCCAAAGAGGUCCUGACCUCCAGGAUGCAGCGAGCGCAGGGCAUGCCAGAGACAGGUGGCGCUCUGGCUGAAGGUUUCCACGAGAGACUGAGAGAGUUCCAGAUGUUUGAGAGGACGUUUGAGGAGUUCAUCUCUCAGUCCGCAGUGAAAACGAAGUUUGAGCAGCACACGGUGAGAGCGUGGCAGAUCACAGAGGCCAUCAAGGCUGUGAUGGACGCCAUCAACAUCGCCUCCGCAGACAGGAAGAUCUUCUGCCUGGAGGAGCGCGAGGAUCAGAGGGACCGGCUGGAUUUUGUUCGAGGACAGAUUAACCGUCUGACUGACAACGUGAAAGAGCGUAUCAGGACGCUGACGGAUGACGUCGCUGCUAAGGUGGCGACGGCUCUGUCGGAUCAGAUCCGGUCUCUUCCUGUUCUGGUGGAUGAGUUCAGAGCUGAUUUCAACCCGACGCAAGAAACUCUGGAGCUCUACAAAACUAAGCUGCUGCAGCACGUGGAGGAGCGGAUGGUCGGCUGUUUGGCUCAUCGCUGCUCCGUCAGUGUCCUCAGGGACAUCAGAGACGCUCAGAGACACAUGAUCGACAGCGUCCGUCCUCUGCUGUCUCUGUCCGUCCAGGAGCAGCUCUUCGCUCCCUCCGCCUCCUUCGAGUUGACCUACGACCUCGGCCUCGCCGCCAUCUGCGACGAUUUCCGUGAAAACAUCGAGUUCCAGUUUUCUCUGGGCUGGACCGCCCUCGUCACCCGCUUCAUCGGAGCCGCCAACGCCAAGCGAGCACUGAGCAGCUCCAACCCACGACUGCAGGAAAGCCCCUCCUUUAAGGAUGAGAUGGUGGUUUCCAUAGCAACGGGCCUGGUCUCCGUCACCUCCCGGGCGUCCAUGACAGUGCUGGUGAUCGGUGGAGUG